AUGAGUAGAACUGAAACCCCAAGUCUUGAAGAUUCUAUUGAUAUAAUUAAAAUGUUACGUAAUCAAAAAAUCAAACAACUUAACAAAGGAUUUCAAUUUAGAGAAUUAGAUAAUGAUAAGAAGAUUGAACGUAUUAAAGAAUUAAUUCUUAUAGCAACAGAAGAUCCAUCUAUAGAAAAAAGAAAAAAUAAUAAAAAAGGAACAAGAAGAAGUACUCAAGAUGGGGAAGAUGCAGACAUAGAGUCAGUAGUUCAGUCGAUUUCCACAGCCAUGUAUUUUGAAAAUAGUCCACCAUAUAUUAAAAAUGGACAACUAAAACCAUUUCAAAUUGAUGCUUUAAAUUGGUUAAUCAGAAGACAUCAUCUUGGGGUAAAUUCAAUUCUUGCUGAUGAGAUGGGAUUAGGAAAGACAUUAGAAAGUAUUAGUUUAUUAGGAUAUUUAUAUCAUGUACAAGAUUGUCAUGGACCACAUAUUGUUAUAUCUCCAAAAUCUACAAUUGAUAAUUGGAAAAAUGAAAUUAAUAAAUGGUUACCAUCAAUAAAAGUUGCUCUAAUGGGAGGUACAAGAGAAUCAAGAGAAGAUUGUAGAAAAGAGAAUUUUGAUAAAGAUAGAUUGAAGGCUGAUGUGAUUAUUUGUAGUUAUCAGGUUAUUUCAAAAGAAAAAUCACUAUUAAAGAAACAAAAAUUUGUAUAUUUAAUAUUAGAUGAAGCCCAUAGUGCGAAGAAUGAAAACACACGUUUCUAUAAUGAUUUAAGUGAAAUUAAUGCAACACAUAAACUAUUUCUCACAGGAACACCAUUACAAAAUACAUUACAUGAAUUAUGGUCAUUGUUACAAUUUUUAUUACCAGAAAUAUUUAAUAUGAAAGAAUUAGAUGAAAUAUUUGAAUCAAUUGAGUCAGACAAAUUUCAAGGAUAUAUUGAUUCUAUUAGAGAUUUUAUUAAACCAUUUAUGUUGAGAAGGUUAAAAACAGAUGUUCAAAAAGAAUUACCACCUAAAAUGGAAAUUAAAAUUUUUGUACAACUUACCCCAUUUCAAAAGGUUUGGUACAGAAAAGUAUUAAUGGGUGAUGUAACUGUUAUUAUUGGAGAUAAAGUUGUUAAAUCAAAAUUAAAUAAUACUAUGACACAACUAAGAAAAGUUUGUGACCACCCAUAUCUUAUGCCUGGAGCAGAGCCAGAACCAUAUGUUAAUGGAGAACAUUUAUGUCUAUCUUCUGCUAAGAUGAUUGUAAUGGAAAAAUUAGUAGAAAAACACUUAAAAAAUAAUGGAAAGAUAUUAAUAUUUUCACAAAUGACAAGGAUGUUAGAUAUUAUUGAUGAUUAUCUUGUGUUUAAAGAGAUUGAACAUUAUAGAAUUGAUGGACAAACACAACAAGAAGAUCGUGUUGAACAGAUUAAUGAUUUUAAUGACCCAAAUGGUAAAGUUAGUAUUUUUCUAUUAUCAACAAGAAGUGGGGGGUUAGGUAUUAAUUUACAAAGUGCUGAUACUGUUAUAUUAUAUGACUCUGAUUGGAAUCCACAAUCUGAUAUUCAAGCAAUGGAUAGAGCUCAUAGAAUCGGUCAAACUAAACCAGUUACUGUUUAUCGUUUAAUUUGUGAAGGGACUGCUGAACAACGAUUGAUUAGAGUUGCAGAAAGAAAGUUAAUGUUAAAUAGACUUGUAAUGCAAAGUGGAAAAACAGCUACAGAACCAGCAAUUGGGAAAGAAGAAUUAUUACAAAUUAUGCAACAAGAAUUAACUGGGUGUUUAAAAGAAGAGAGUGAUGAUAAGAAAUUAAAAGAAAAAAAUAAAGACUUAAAGGAUAUUGAUAUUGAAUCAAUUAUUCAAAGUGGAAAAGAAAAAACACAAGAAUUAAAAAAUGAAAUUGAAAAAGAAACAGAGACAGCAAAAAAAGGAAUGAUGAAUCUAACUAACUUUGCAUUUGGAGUUGAAAAAGUUGAUAUCAGAGAAUUUGAAGGAAAGGUAUUUGGGCAAAACGAUAAUUUAGAAGACUUAGAACGUUAUAAAGAAAACAUGAAAUUAGUUCGUACUGAAACAUUAAAACAGCCUCCUACCAUUAAAUUUAGAGAUUUACAAUUUCCAAGUAAAGAAUUAAUUCAACUUUUAGAUAAAGAAAAUGAAGAAUAUCAAAGACUAAAUGCAACAUUUAAAGAAGACCUUACGUUUGCUAUAUUAAAAGGAGAUCCAUUAGAUCCAAUAUUACAUCCAAAAUAUCUUAGUGAUGAAGAUAAUCAAAGAAAAGAAAAGUUAUUAAAAGAAACAUUUUGUGAUUGGGAUGAUAAUGAUUUUAGAAAAUGGAAAACAGCUAUGAAGAAAUAUGGCUAUGAAAAAUUAGAUGAAAUUAGUACAUAUAUGGGAAAAGAUAAACAAGAAGUUCAACGAUAUAACAAUGUUUUUAUUCAAAGAUACAAUGAGAUAAAUGAAGGAGAGAAACUAUACAACUCAUUAUUUAAAAGUGAACAGAAAAGAAAGUUGAGAGAAAAAGAACAAGAAGACUUAGCACAAGCUAUCAAAGCUAAGCCUGAUGAUAUGACAGUACUAACGCCAUACGUUUAUUUUGGAAAUUCUCAAACUGAUCCAUUAGUAGAUUCAAUGAUGUUAAGAAAAUAUGCAGAGUAUGGAGAAGAUUGGGAAAGAAUCUUAAAAGAAAUAAAAGAACAUCCAUUAUUUGUGUUUAAUAUUUAUAUCAACUCAUAUACCCCACAAACUGUUAAAGAAAAAAUCAGAUUUCUAAUACAUAACGUAGAAAAAACUAAAGAAAAAAUGACAAAAGAAAAUGAUGGAAAUACUGUAUUAGAUAAAAUAGAGAUUAAUGACAAUCUUGAGAAUAAAAAAAUGAGAAAAGAUGAUGAUAAUGAUUGA